AUGUUUUCUUCACCUCUACUUCUUAUAUCGCUCUUGGGGUUAGCCCUCCCUGUUUCUAGGGCCGACGUUUUGGCUCUCGACCUGGCAUCUCAGGGGCAAUUAUUGUCUAGAACGACGAAUCCGGAUUAUAUGUGUGCCAACGAGAGGGUUACGGUUGUCGAUACCUUGGUAAAUGCAGUAGAUUCCCACGCUGGGAAUGCGCCACAACGACAUCCACGCGAGAGUGUCAAAAUGACAAGACCGGAAUCAUCUUCUCAAGACGCCUCUACUUCUAACUGCAUCCAAGAUUUCAAUAGCAAGACCCAAUACUGUCUUUACACCCUUUCCACAUUUGCCUCGGACCGUGGGAUGUCAGUGGUAGCUUCCCCUGAAGAUAUACAAAGUAUACUUGAUGUGUAUGCAAUGAACCAAUUAGCCCAGCGAACCUAUCCGCUUCCAACAGACCCAUCGCACUUUUACGAAGCAGCCUUGCCUGGGCGGGGACAAGGGCUCGUUUCCAAUCAUACAUUUCACCGAGGCGACCUGAUCAUGGUAGCACGACCAGUGUUAAUCCUUGACGAAUCAUCUUUUGAUACUGCGGUAACUGAUGAGAGGCUGGCUCUUCAAAGAAAGGCAAUCGAUAAUUUACCAAGAGAAGCGAAAGAUUUGUUUCAAGCACUUGCCGGUCAUUGGGGGGGAGAUGAGGUCGAAGAUCGAAUCAUAACUAACGCAUUUGGCGUUGGGUUUGGAAGUGAAGGGAAAAAGUUUGCAGUUGUGGUUCCCGAGGCUGCUCGCUUGAACCAUGACUGUAGGCCAAAUGCACGCUUUGCUUUCGAUCCUUACACACUCACUCACAAGGUGCAUGCUAUACGCACCAUCUUCCCUGGAGAAGAACUUACUAUUUCGUACUUGGAUGAGAAGCAACCUUACUCUACCCGGCAAUCGUACAUUCAUGCCCAUUGGGGCUUCAAAUGUUCAUGCAACCACUGCAUCCUUCCCCCACCCCUUCGUGAGAUGUCGGAUCUGCGAGUUGCUGCCAUUUCGGCACUUAGAACAUCACUCCUCGACUUUACUCCCAACCGUGGAUCAACAGCCACCCCUCAGUUGGCGCUCCGUCUUAUUGACUUUUAUCGAGUUGAAGGGCUUCAUUCGCCACUAGCAGAAGCAUACAUUUUUGCGGCACUAAGAUAUUGCAUUUGGGAAGAUGAAGCUAAUACUAAGCAUUUUGCUGAAAAGGCGUUGCGAGCUUGGCUGAUGUGGGAGAAGAAGGGGGGCAACAAAGCUAUGAUAGAACAAUUACUAAAGGAUCCAAGAAAAGCUUGGUGCUGGGCUAAUGGUGCACAAGAGCAAACGGAGUUAUGA